GAUCCACCAAUGGCAGUGACCCUUGGACUGCGAAUGGAAGAAAUGAUUUUUAAUCUUGCUGACACACAUUUAUUUUUUAAUGAUUUAGAGGAGUGUGAUCAAGUUCAUAUAGAUGAUGUUUCUUCUGAUGAUAAUGGACAAGACCUAAGUACCUACAGUUUUGCAACUGAUGGCUUCCAUGCAGCUGCAAGUAGUGCAAACCUUUGUCUGCCAACAGGUGUAAGAGGAGGGGUGGACUGGAUGAGGAAGCUGGCUUUCCGUUACAGAAGAGUAAAAGAGUUGUAUAAUACUUACAAGAACAACAUAGGAGGACUCCUGGGUCCCGCUAAAAGAGAUGCAUGGUUGCAAUUAAGAGCAGAGAUUGAAGCUCUAACAGAUUCCUGGCUAACAAAUGCACUUAAAUCAUUAUCAAUUAUCAGCACAAGGAGUAACUGUGUAAAUGUGUUGGUAACAACAACCCAGCUUAUCCCAGCACUUGCAAAAGUUCUACUAUACAGCUUAGGAGGAGCUUUUCCUAUUGAAAAUAUUUACAGUGCAACCAAAAUAGGCAAAGAAAGCUGUUUUGAGCGUAUAGUGUCCAGAUUUGGCACUAACAUAACUUAUGUUGUGAUUGGAGAUGGCCGAGAUGAGGAACAUGCAGCUAAUCAGCACAACAUGCCUUUCUGGAGGAUAUCCAGUCAUUCGGACCUCUUGGCUCUCCAUCAAGCACUGGAACUAGAGUAUUUGUAA